CCGCCUCCUGCCAGGAAGCAGCUCACCUGUUUUUUCGUGUUUAUUGUCCAGGUGUGGAACUUGUUGUUGGUGUGUGUGAAGAAACUAAAUUCAUCUCAUUGUGGCGAAGGAGGAGUAACCAGUAAAGCUGACUAAGGAAUGCUGACAACACCAUCUGGGGAGGGAGUUACCCUCCCCAGAUUUCUAAAGCCAAUGUGGAUCUUAUACUAGCUACCAAAGCCCUCAGGCUCGUUAUUAACAGCAGAGAUGCAGCAGAGAGAGUGACUUACUAUGUGCUGAGAGAAAGGAGAUCAAUUCAGUUCAUUACUGAAGACUAACAAGUGUGCUCGCCUCUAAACACUCAGCGUGAGGACUGAAGGAAGAGUUUUACACUGCACUGUGCUCACAGCUUGUAGCCGAUCAACACUCGUUCGAAUAACAAAUCCCACUUAUAUAGCUAUAGCAAAGCGUCACAGGCAUGCAUUUAAUGCAGUUUGCAGUGUGCCAUAAAUGUCUAAUUCAUGAGAAAGAAAGGAAAUGACAGUGUUUUUAAUCCAAAAGAAAACUGGAGAAAUGAGAAGGAGACAGGAGGAGGAGAGAAGAAACAAACACAUGUCAGAUGUGAUCACACUGGGUUAAACAGCACACUUCAGUUUAGGGGAAACACUGUAACAUUGCAUGUUAUGUUACAGUGUCAAGACCAUGUGGAAGAAAGAAGACUGAUUCAAAACCUCAAUUAAAGUGAAACUAGAGUUAAAUGCUUUACUUAGAAACAAUUCACGAAGUAAAGAUCAUCAGGUAAUGUUAGAUUUCUUAGACAAACACAUUUAUAUGAUAGCAUCUAAUCCUGAAGUGACGGUCUGGACCACACUCCAUACCAGUUGGUGGCGGUAUUGCACCAUUCUGUUGUUUGCCAACCGCCAAUAACAUUUAGAAGAGGAAGAGGAAGAAGAGCAGGAAGAAGAAGAGCAGGAAGAAGAAGAAGAAGAAGAAGAAGAAAAACGUUGGCGGAAAGUUGUUUGUUUCUUGUGGGACGUGAUUCUGGUCAAACCCGGAUUAUCUGCAGUCGCUUUUGUUCCUGCUUCCUAAUGGGCUGAAACUUUGUCACAUUCGCGGGAUGUUGAGUGUUCAGAAACUGCAGAUUGUGCCUUAAAACAGCGGCCACGUAGUUAUCAGAGUGCGCAGGUGCUCAUUCUGAGUGGGCCUGUCUGCAGAUGAGGAAAACUGAGAAGAUCUACGAGGACCUCUGAAAUCCAGCAAGUAAAGAUCAUGGCUUGUGCAUCUCAGUCAGCCUUGGAUUACGUCAGGAGUGCCAGAGACCACCUGGUGAGAACAUUAAAGGGGUUCACUGAGAUUGUGGAGAACCUGUCCUUGAGAGGAUUUUUCUCAGAGGAAGAUGUGAAUAAAAUAAAGUCAGAGAGUGAUGGAUUUGACAAAACCAGAAGAAUUGUGGACUAUGUUAUAGAAAUGGGGGAAGAAGCUUGCUAUGAGUUUCUCAGGAUUAUUGACACAACAAGGAGAACCUCUGGAGAGAGAUCACUGUCGUUUGCAGAAAAUCCAGAGUCAUCGUCCUCUCUGUCCAACAUGUUUGAUCUCAACUACUGGAUCAGCUGCUUUUCCUUCAGGGAGGACAUUAACAUGGAUGUACAAGGCCCCAGCCCGUGUCACAGAUACCAACAAAAGCUGAAAUUUAAAGCUCAGAAGAUUUCAGAAAGAUCAUGGACCCAAAGUAAAGCAGUCCUGUUCAACAAGCAGAGCUCCCUGUCCUACACCUCGCUUGUGUUAGACACACCAGGACAGGCUUCAGCAUCCAAAAUAAAAAAGUCAAAGAUCAAGAAAAGCAGGAAG